AUGUUUAUGAUACGACCAGGCUUCACUUCAGAUGCGGAGGAAGUGUACAAGCUUCUGAAGGAGGUUUAUUACCCAGAGGAACCAUUGACCAAAGCUAACGGGCUCCAAGCCGACAUCCCGGGGGUGACGAAAGACAUUCUGUCUCAAGGACAUUCUGUCGUAGCCGUCUCUGAAGGAGGGAGGGUUGUCGGAGUAGCGCUAAACGAAGCGCCGCCGCAGAACUUCCCUUAUAUAUACACCAAGACCAGUGAAGAUAUCAAAUUUCAGGAGCUGUUCACCUACAUAGAGCGAGAAUCUGGGGUCCUCAAGAUAGCUCCGGGCUCCUUGGAGGUUCGAAUGAUCACCGUGGACCCCGAAUGGCGAAAGCUUGGGAUAGCCACCGCCCUCUUGGACGCGACUCGACUGAACGCCAUCGAGAACCGACUCCCCUUCAUCAAGAUCUACUGCACCUCCGCCCACUCCAGCAGCCUCAUAUCCAAGAUGGGCUGGCGGCUCCUGUACUCUCUGUCGUACAGCCGCUACCUCGAGGAACAUCCCUCUGGCAUAGUCGUCCCUCCGGCGCCUCACGACUGCUGCAAGCUGUACAUAGACCAGAUAAAUGGCUAUCAGUCUUCUGAUGGAGAUCUCCCUGUGGAGAGGGUCGUGUCUCCAAAUGAAACUGUAUUGCGCUCUAAAAUGCUUGUACGAAAUUGA